CGUUGUAUUCUGUUUCGCAGCCUCAGGGCACGGUCCCUUUCUGCGUGCAGGCUAAACUUGGACGGUGAAGCACAUUUAUAUAACGUAUACCCGCCUUUCUCUCGGCGCACUUUCUCCUUGUUGUCGUGAAGCUCGAAUGCCACAAGCGAUCGGCGAAGUCCUUGCUGCAGUGGAGGGUGGAGCUCACUCUCAUCGCCCCGUCAACAAAUAGGCUACAUGGUCUUGGUAGGGAACAGCUAAAGAUGGGUACGAAAUUCCAGACAAGAACGGCUCUUCUUGUGUUCGGUUUUUGUGCAGUAUGGCACCGCGCUGCGCCCGACCGCGGAGUUCCCGUUGUCCGUAUCGACUCCGGUCUUGUGUCUGGAAGGAGAAUUGUGUAUAACAACCGAAGUCUCGAUGUGUUCUACGGCAUUAGGUACGGCAUGGCGCCAGUACGAGAGCAAAGGUUUGAGAGGCCACUUCCGCCUAGACCCUGGAGAGGUAUGUACAAGGCAUGGCGAAAGUCUAAACCCUGUCGACAAGUUCCCUUAUCCGUUAACGGGAACAUUACGUUGACCUACAAAGACACGUCGGAAGACUGCCUAUUCCUCAACGUGAUCAAGUCCACGUGCUCCAGUUCAAACAGUUGUUCCAGGCUUCGACCCGUCGUGUUCUACAUUCAUGGAGGGGCCUUUCAGUGGGGAGAUUCAAGUCUGCCAAUUUAUGACGGACGAAACUUCGUGGCUACAACCGACUUCAUCCUCGUGACAUUCAAUUACAGGGUAGGAGUGUUUGGAUUCCUGUCCACUGGAACUUCCGAUGUACCUGGCAAUAUGGGCCUGUGGGAUCAAAACCUUGCCCUUAGAUGGGUUAGGAACAAUAUAGCUCGUUUUGGUGGAGAUCCCGAUGACGUGACAUUGUGGGGACAAAGUGCUGGCGGAAUCUCUGCUGGGAUCCAUGCCCUGUCGCCUUACAGCAGAGGCUUGUUUAAGCGGAUGAUUUUGCAAAGCGGGACCCCACUCUCUGGAAUAAUGGCAGCUUCUUACAGAGGAAUCGGAAGACUGCUCGAAUUCAGUGGGUCGCUCAACUGCUACAACAGCGACAGAGAUUGGACCGAUCAGAUUGCUGAUAUGCUGGACUGUAUCAGAACGAAGAGAGGCAGUGAGAUAAUAAGGGCUAUUACUGAUUUGCCUUACACAAAACAGGUGUUUGCACCGGUGUCAGGCGACGAUUUUCUACCGUCGGAGCCUUUGGAGAUGGAUCCUCUCGUGAUUGAAACUCACGAAAUUUUUGCUGGCAGUACACUUCAAGAGGGAGCCCUCUUCGUUGAUAAUAUGCGCUAUGUGUCCCCAGGCCUGUUUGAGGAGUUACACGGCGAUUAUAGAACUGGUGUAACGUUAGCCUUGAGUGUUCUCACUGGUGCAAGCGUAAGCGAAAGUAAGGAAAUCGUGCACGCGUACUAUGGAGGCUACGAGGUAGAGCACGAUUUUACGAGUGUUUUAGAGAUCCUUGCGAAAAUUAUCGGUGACGCUGUGUUCCAUUGCCCAACACAUUACUAUCUCACUGUUGCCGCAGAGAAAGGAAUCAGUGCUUACAGAUAUGUGUUUGCACAUAGACCUUCCUACAGCCUGUGGCCGGAGUGGAUGGGAACGACACAUACCGACGACAUAAUGUUUACAUUAGGAACUAUACGUGAUGCUUCUGAGGCAGCCACAGAAGGCAUCUCGCCGUUUGCAGUUGCUCUCAACGAACUGGGAGCUAAGAACAUCACAGCUACGGUCGAGGAAGAAGAAUUCAUGCGGGAUCUCAUGGACACCUUCGCUUCUUUUGUCGACACUGGGAUACCAACGAUACCGCAUUCAAACGAACAAUGGCCACUGUACAAUGGUAGCAACCCUGAGGCAGUCUUCUUCAGGCCUCAGAAUUACACGAAGGAUCCACUUCCGGAGGCUGGACGGUGCAUUCUAUGGAAGAAGUUACUUCUUAAACAAGACAUCAACGAAGGACCACAAAAACCAUAUUCACCUCCUACUCGGAAGCCAGUCCCUGCCAAAAAGCCGUCACGUAAGCCACAAGGUGCCAUGGACAACACCAUACCUUCCGGGUCACCGUCGUCUACAGCAUCGCUUGCCUUGCUCACAUCUAUCGCUGUGGUCGUGCAUCACGCCUUGCGGUGCUAGCCAAACUGGACAAUUUGACAUUCAAGAGAUGGGCCCUAGAUGCACACCGCGUCUUUGUCAUAUGCAUCAGUUUAUAAAGUAUACUUUAAAAAAUGAGGCACGACUACAUUCAAAGCAAACCUUAUGGAACUUAUUGUCUUUGUGAGACAGCCAUUCCAGAAUGCUGUCACAGAGCGAUGAAUUUCUUUCGAUUCAUUUCUAUAUAUAUAGUGUGUUUGUUUUCGAUUCUUUCGAGCGCCUGAAUCACUGUUCCUUUUAUAAAUGUUUGUAUAUUUCUUAAUAUAUUAAUGUUUGAGGUGUA